AUGGCUCAGAGUUGCCAAAAGUCCUAUUCGGACGUAAGACAUAGAGAGUUAGAGUUCCAAGUUGAUGUUUGGGUGCUUAUGAAAGUUUCACUUAUGAAAGGCGUUAUGAGAUUUAGGAAGAAGGGUAAGCUCAGUCCCCUCUAUAUUGGGCCAUAUAGAAUCCUGCGAAGGAUCGGGCAGGUGGCUUAUGAGUUAGAAUUUUCACAAGAAUUAGUUGCUGUACACCCAGUGUUUCAUUUGUCUAUGUUGAAGAAAUUCAUGGGAGACCCUUCUCUUGUGGUUCCUACGGAGAUUAUAGGGGUUAAAGAUAGCCUGACUUAUGAAGAAAUUCCAGUGGCUAUUCUUGAUAGCCAAAUACGCAAGCUCAGAACUAAGGAAAUUGCUUCAGCGAAAGUGGUCAAGAUUGCUAAACGCUUAGAACUAGUUCGCAGGCAGGAGCGUGAGGAGUGGGAGGUCAAGAGGCCUCAUAGUUCAGGUGGUUUUAGUAUGCCUCAUCUGGAUGCCAAUCCCAUUACAACAAAGGUCGUCAUUAUAGACCCGUUCAGGCAGCUCUCCAUGUUCCUCAUGGUUCUUCAGUUAGCCACAGUUCCUACAGUACACGCCCAACUCAAUCAUCAUUCAGUGCGUUACCGGCACAGAGUUCUUACCAUGCCUCAUCUGCACAGGGUUCCUUGGGCAGCUAUUCAGAUUGUCAGGGUCAGCAGCUCCCUCAGAGGAGAGGUUGUUUUGAGUGCGGGGACUUGA